GGAAAAGGAGGCAAGGGUCUCGGCAAGGGUGGCGCCAAGCGUCACCGUAAGAUCUUGCGUGACAACAUCCAGGGUAUCACUAAGCCCGCUAUCCGCCGUCUCGCUCGCCGUGGUGGUGUCAAGCGUAUCUCCGCCAUGAUCUACGAAGAGACCCGUGGUGUCCUCAAGUCCUUCCUCGAGUCCGUCAUCCGUGAUGCCGUCACCUACACUGAGCACGCCAAGCGCAAGACCGUCACCUCCCUCGACGUUGUCUACGCCCUCAAGCGCCAGGGCCGCACCCUGUACGGUUUCGGUGGUUAA